AUGGAGAUCGCGGUCAGCAGUUCGGCACGGAACGAGCUGGUUAGAUUUGGAGUGGCGAUCGAGAAGCAGCCACCUCGUUAUCGAAAACUGAAACUGAAGACUUUCUCCAUCACACUGGGUGCCAGAGCAGAACAGAAUCCAUACUCCGGAGAGCUGGCAGCAAUGGCACAUGCAUUGGACACACUACGGGGGCUGAAACAGUACAGAAUCACACUGCUCACGAGCAACAAAGCGGCGGCUCUCACGCUGAGGAACCCUCGACAAUGGUCAGGCCAGGAACAUAUCUGCCAGAUAUACAAGCUGAUCAAGAGACUACGGAGACACGGGAACGAAAUCAGCAUUCGUUGGGUCCCAAGCAGUGAAGAUAAUCAACUGUUGGGCCUGGCGAAAGAGCAGGCCAGGGCCGCGACCCAAGAAGACGCUACCCCGCAAGCGUAG